CGGACCGAAAGCUCUAAUACCCGUGAGGAGGGAGUACGAUUUCGUCACUGUCCUUCUCACACGUUGUCGUAUGAAACGGUCGACUAUACGCUACGUCGCUACACAAACGAUUCCCAUCGAGCGCCUAAUAUAUAAUAAAUCUAUAUUAUACACUACGUAUCUCGUAGCGUGCUCGCUCGCCUAACCAGCACACGUCGCACAAACGCACAAUAAUUUAACUAGUCGUCGCGAGGACCGGACACCCUUUUUCAAUAUUCGUUCCAUCGUUAUGCGUGUGCGUGAGCGUGUUUAUUUUAUUGAUAUUAAUACGAUGCGUAAACCUAACACAACUCGCAGUGACCAUCGGGCGAAAUAACGGUCCCACGCGGUAAUAAUAUCGUAUAUAUAUAUAUAAUAGUUUAAUAUAUUUAAAUAUAUAUACCUGCAGAGCAAACCCAACGGCGAUUGCGCGAGGUCACGUACAUAAUAAUAUUACCGGAUAUUUUAUACCAGACUUUUCACGGUACCGCGUAAUCCGUCGUCAUGGGUCACAAACGUCAAAUGCUGCGGUGGUCCACCACCUCGCAUUUCGUCGUCGCGUUGUUCGCCGUCUUACGCUGCUGCGGCUGUUCGACUCCGAACUGCAACGUACACGAAGACCACCGCGAUGACGGGCCACUGUACUUGUCGCCCAUGAUACGCGACGGCCGAAUCGAUGAAGCGCGGGCCGCUUGCAAAGUGCACCUGAACGAUAGCGCGGCCGCGGGGGUGGCCAGUUGCGCCGGUUACCUGACCGUGGACGAGUCGCACGAUUCCAACUUGUUCUUUUGGUUCUUCCCGGCCGAGAACGGCAAGCCGGACGCCCCUGUCGUGCUGUGGCUCCAGGGUGGACCGGGCGCGCCCAGCCUGUACUCGGUGUUCAACGAAAAUGGUCCGUUCUCGGUGGACGAGGCCGGCGGUCUGCUGCGGCGUAACCACACGUGGACGUCCACCAUCUCGAUGUUGUACGUGGACAGUCCGGUGGGCGUGGGGUACAGCUUCACCGGCGACGAAGCGGGUUAUACCACCAACCAGACGGCCGUCGCCAAGAAUCUGUACGCCGCACUGGUGCAGUUCUUCGAGCUGUACCCCGAGUACCGUUACAAUGAUUUCUACGCUGCCGGCGAGUCGUACGCAGGCAAAUACGUGCCGGCCGUGUCGUACGCCAUCCACCAGAACAAUGCCGGGGCCCGAGUCAAGAUAAACCUCAAGGGACUGGCUAUCGGCAACGGGCUUAUCGACCCCGUGAAUCAGAUGGUAUACAGCGAUUUCUUGUUCCAGUGCGGGCUCAUCGACGAGGACGGCAAACGAUUGUUCAAGGAACAGGAGGACUUGGCCCGAGAUCGAAUCGCUUCGGGCGAUUACAGGGCCGCGUACGAUGCGAUGACCAGGAUGAUGAUCACCACUCCGUCGCUGUACGGACAGCUGACUGGCAUGCGGAACAUCUACAACAUGAUGUGGCACAAGAACCCGAUACCGUACGAGGGCGGCCACUGGGACCGGUACGUACAAUGCCAGGGGCGAGCUGCGUUGCACGUGGGCCGACGUCCAUGGUCGUCAGUGGACGUGGUUUACGAGCGGAUGAAGUACGACAUACCGCUGUCCGUGGCCCCGUGGCUCGGUGAGCUUCUGGACACCGGUCGGUACCGCGUUCUGCUCUACUCCGGGCAGCUGGACGUGAUAGUGCCGUACCGUGGCACGGUUAAUGUGGCCAGGGCGCUCCGGUGGACGGGAGCGGAGCGGUUCAGGAACGCGACGCGUUCCAUCUGGAUGCCCAACUGUUCUUCUAGGUGCCGUACCACCAAGGUGGCCGGUUUCGCGACCACGCACGGCCCGCUCACCGUGCUGCUGGUCAGGAACGCCGGUCACAUGGUACCGUAUGACCAACCGGCUUGGGCACACAACAUGAUCGAACUAUUCACAUCCGGCGAGUCGUUUCACUGAAACUCCACUUGGCCGCUACUAACAAUAAAUGAGUUACAAUUUAUAGCUGUGUAGUAUCGAAUGUACUUCCAAACCGCCAUUAAUUGUAACUUUUUCUAUAAAUGUUUGACAAUAUUUUUUGUUGAAAGUUUGUUUAUAAAUAUUAUUCUUAAAUUAAUUUAAUGUGUUCUGCAGUUUAAGAUUUGAGAUAGUGACUGCAAAAUGAUACGCUGAGGUCAGACUGACGUUUGCAAAAGUUCGUGAUCAUAAUAUAGUUAUAAACUAUUUGAAGACAUUGUCAGCGAAGAUUUGGGCCGUCUCCGAACAAUAUUACAGGACUUGUGGGCGCGCGGGUAACUUCUUAGCUGUUUCCAGAAUAUAAUAUAACAAAAUAUAAAUCUAUGUAUGUAUAAUAAAUAAUUAUACAUUUAUAUGUGGUCAUAUGGAUAAGUCUUAUCACAUUCUCAAAAAUAUGAAAUGACAACAUAAUGUUAAAGCUUAAUUAUAUAUUUAUAUCGACGGUUGCAUAUAAUAUCCAUUUCACGAUUUCAUGAAAUGGAUGAACUUAAUGAAAUUAUAAACAACUUUUUUAUUAUGUAUUCAAUAAUACUGUAUAAAUUUAUAUAUUAUUAUUUUUUCUAUUUAAUGUACAUUUUAAUAUAAUAAUACAGACUAAAAUACUUAUAAAAACCGUAUAAGUUAUAAAUGUAUGUAUCACACUCCAAGGAUAUUAAUCAUACGUAUUGUUGUAUUAUUCAAUAUUUAUAAUUAAAUUUAAAUGUGAAAUAUCAAUUAUGAAUUUACGUAUAAUAAUUUAGUAGUUAUAUCGCGGUUGCUUACUUUUUUUGUCGUGGUCUAACAAAUUCGCUAUCCAAAUAAUAAUUCAAGUUAUGUUUGAUCAUCUUAUGGAGUUAAGACAUGUUUUAUUAUUUUUCUUUGAAAAUUACAACCUUUAAGAAAAAUCUUUCUAAGCAAGAAAAAAAUAUAUCAAUUACUUCAAUAACUGGAAUACACAUUGUAAAUGAUUUCGUUGUAAUACAUGUAUAUGCAAUUGUUCGAAAAGGACGACAAUAUUUGAUGAGAAGUCACGAUAUGGUAUAAUACGCGCGAUAUGUAUUAGGGCGGGAACCAAUAUGAAUAUGUUCACGAGUCAUACAGAUAAAUACAGUGAUACCAAAACCCAAAAUGUUUAUUAAUACAUUUUAUAUAAUUUGAUAAAUUUUUAAUAAAUGUGUACCAAAAAAAAUUAAAAUUUAUGAUAAUAAUGAGUAAAUUUGGAUUUUAUAAAUAAGGCGCGCGCCCAUCUGACCAUGACGAGAACUAAAAGUUAGCCACCUCUGAUAUAUAAUAAGUUUUAAUUUAAUUUAUAUUUCAUCCAUUUUUAAAAGGUUUUUGAUCAACGUUAUUUUUUUUUAUACCUUUUUAAAACCCCUCUGUUAACUAAAUACAUUAAGUUUUAACAGCAAAUGUGUUUUAAGAAUAACAAGAUUAAAAUUUAUAAUGUAUUUAAAUAUUAUUUUAAUAAAUGUAUAUAAUAAAAAGUUUUUACUAAUUA